CACAGGUCCGGCGCUUUUAAUUCUCUUUAAAUAUAAAAGCUCUCAAUUAUAUAUCUGAGGUGCUGCAUUUUACCCCUCCAGUUCCUAAGCAACAGCUAUUUUCAGAUUGAGUGCGUCUGGUGUUGUCUACCUACUUCAGGCUUUUACGAGGUGGCUCGUCAGUGGAAGCUGGGCUGUUCUCUGUCUCCACUGACUCCCUUUGUCGUGGCACUGUGAGGAGACAGAUGCUUUAGAGAAACGCGAGAAGCUCGGGUGUAACCGGUCUCAACCUUGCAGCUCACAAAAACUUGUGUACGUCGGGGAGCUCUGCCAUCUGCAAUGAAGCACAGGAGUCAGAAAUAAGGUUCUUGACACUGGUUUGGGAGAAGCCUUUUUCUCAAGUCUGGAAAAAGCCUCUAGAGCAGAUUCGAAACCAUGAGCCGGAAAUCUCUGUACUUGCUGAAGCGUAGGUGGGAGUCGAUUCCCGCUGCUGACCAGUCUUCUGGUACCAGUAUCACAGUGGAUAUCGCUGUCAUGGGAGAAGCACAUGGGCUCAUCACAGACCUUUUGGCCGAUCCUUCACUGCCCCCCAACGUGUGCACAUCGCUGAGAACAGUGAGCAACCUGCUUAACACGCAGUUAACCUUCCAGGCCAUCCACAAGCCAAGGGUGAAUCCUUUGGUGUCCUUCAGUGAGAACUACACCUGCUCCGACUCAGAGGAAUGUCCGGAGAAAGGAGAGAAACUGGCCAUUCCCAAGCGCUUACGGAGAAGUUUGCCCCCAGGACUGCUGAGACGAGUGUCCUCAACUUGGACCACAACAACAUCAGCCACAGGAUUACCUACCCUGGAGCCAGCUCCGGUGAGAAGGGAUCGCAGUGCCAGCAUCAAACCCCAUGAAUCGUCUUCAUCCAGCCCUGACUCCUGGAACAGCUCAAUUCUGAUGACAAUCACAAAGAGCAGGUCGUUCUCCACCUCCUAUACCAUGUCUUCUACCAACCACGUGAAUGCCAAAAGGCAGAGCAGGCAAGGUAUCCCACCAAAUAUUUCACCUCUCACCUCCCCGUGCCAUUCACCAAUUCAGGGGACCCCUGCCACAAGUCCUACUGGAAAAACAUCUUCUGUGUCAUUUCCAGACUCUACAGAUACUGACACCAAGCAGGGCUUAAAGCCACACAAAGUCUUAACUUCUUCUCAGAGUGCACCUCCACUGUCAGAUCCUGUUAUCAGCCCCUCUGUCAUCUGCAGCAGCUGUGGCAGACCCUAUAACCAAAUAGAAGCUGGUGAUGGGACACUAAAUAGAAAUGAUGCUACCACACACACCCUGAACAGAACAGAUGAUCCUGCGCAAGCCACUUCUGACUACGAGACCAACAACAGCGACAGCAGCGACAUCGUGCAAAACGAUGACGAGACAGAUUGCUCCAAGGAGCAGACACGGAAGGGAUCUGUCUGUAGGUCCUACACACCUGAGACCAUCAUCCUGCAUCCCUUGACACCACCUGAGGACAAGCCUGUACUUGCUCCUGAGCCUCUGGUUAUGGACAACCUGGAUCCCCUGAUGGAGCAGCUAAAUAGUUGGAACUUCCCAAUCUUUGAUUUGGUGGAAAAAAUUGGAAAGAAAUGUGGUCGGAUUCUCAGUCAGGUAUCAUACAGGCUUUUUGAAGACAUGGGACUGUUUGAAACCUUUAAAAUACCAGUGCGGGAAUUUAUGAAUUACUUUCAUGCCUUGGAAUGUGGAUACCGAGAGAUACCUUAUCACAACCGAAUCCAUGCAACUGAUGUUCUACAUGCCGUGUGGUAUCUGACAACUCAGCCCAUCCCGGGGCUCCCAACUGUGAUUAAUGACCACGGGUCAGCAAGCGACUCAGAUUCUGACAGUGGAAUCACUCACGGCCACAUGGGUUACGUGUUUUCGAAGACAUACACACCUACAGAUGACAGCUAUGGAUGCCUGGCUGGCAACAUCCCUGCCCUUGAACUGAUGGCUCUUUAUGUAGCUGCAGCCAUGCAUGAUUAUGAUCACCCAGGAAGGACCAAUGCCUUUUUGGUAGCAACGAGUGCUCCUCAGGCAGUGCUGUACAACGACCGCUCCGUCCUGGAGAACCACCACGCCGCUGCUGCCUGGAACCUUUUCAUGUCCAGGCCAGAGUACAACUUCCUGGUCAACCUCGACCACGUGGAGUUCAAGCAUUUUCGCUUCCUCGUCAUCGAGGCAAUUUUGGCUACUGACCUGAAGAAACACUUUGAUUUUGUCGCCAGAUUCAAUGCCAAGGUGAAUGAUGAUGUUGGAAUUGACUGGACUAACGAGAACGACCGCUUGCUGGUUUGCCAAAUGUGCAUCAAACUGGCCGACAUAAACGGGCCUGCAAAAUGCAAAGAUUUGCAUCUGCAGUGGACAGAAGGCAUCGUCAAUGAGUUUUAUGAACAGGGUGAUGAAGAGGCCAGCCUGGGCUUGCCAAUCAGUCCUUUCAUGGACCGCUCUGCCCCUCAGCUGGCACACCUCCAGGAAUCUUUCAUCACUCACAUUGUGGGACCACUAUGUAACUCCUACGACUCAGCGGGGCUGAUGCCAGGAAAGUGGAUAGAAGAUAGUGAUGAAUCAGGAGACACUGAUGAGCAAGAAGAGGAAGAAACAGCAGAAAUGGAAACUUGUGAAAAUGCCGAAUCCAGAAAGAAGAAGUUCAAGAGGAGGAAAAUCUACUGUCAGAUCACUCAGCACCUGCUUCAGAACCAUAAAAUGUGGAAGAAAGUAAUUGAGGACGAGGAGAGGUUAGCUGGGUCAGAGAAGCAAGGGGCAGAGCAAUCCCCACUGCACCAAUCUUCAGAACAAAUCCAGGCCAUCAGGGAAGAGGAGGAGGAGAAAGGGAAGCCCAAGAAGGAUGAAGAGGAGAACACAACUGUAGAACCAAACCAAUGACAAUAUUUACAGCAGUAUUUUAAGACAGAUUGACUUGUGCACAGACUCUUUCUCAAGCCAGCACAGCAUUUAGACACAACACUGUAGAAGUAUGGGAUAAUGCGCCUACAGCUGUUUAAUUUGUUUCUCUUUCCUUUUUAUGGUGAGGUACAUUGUUUAAACUCCUAUGCUCAAGGAAGCUUUCACACUGCAACACCGGCUUUUACAGACUUUCUUUAAAGAGAUUUGGGGGUGGGUGGAAUUAUAUAAAUAUAUAUAUAUAGCCAGGGUUA